UAGCCAGCAGUGUCCUAAGAUGAGGAAGAGGCUGCCGCUUGCUUUCAUCUCUCGGGUAAAUAUUUGACUGCGUGUUUGUCUUUUCUGUGAGUUUUUGGGUGCUGUGAAGAGAACUGGGCAGAACACCAGCUCAUCAGAAGCAGUCAUAACCAAGAGCCCAGAGGAGGCCAAAGAACAUUCCAGAGACGCUUCAUCCACCGGCGAAGCACCCACCGGGGCUUCAGGCAGAACCACUUCACCCAGAUGCUUACUGUAACCACAAGGACCAGGCAGCUAAAUGGCACCUGUGCCAACUCCGUGGACAUGGAGCUCUUCCUCCAUUACUCCCUCAUCCCAUCACUUUUCAUCAUUUUGGUCUUAUCCUUCCUCCAAAGACGAGAGGAGCGUAGACGGAGAAAUGAUACCUUUUACCUCCUGGGGAACCACUUCGGAAUCAUCGUGCCUCUGGACUUCGUGGGCACGUUUAGCAACCGAUGGUCCUAUGGAGUUGCCUUUGGGGCUACAGCCAACAAGGUCAUGUUCUUGUUCUCAGAAGGCUACCAGCCCCUGCAGGUCCCGCAGUGGGCCCAAGCAUUUGUGCUUCUGAUAGGAGGUAUCGAAGUUGGCCUGUCCCACUUCCCCUUCUUUGCCUGCCUCUCAUCGGAGUUCCGGCUGGUCAGUUCCAUCCUUGGCUUCAGUUACUCUCUGAUCUGGUUUGCUGUCACUGUUCUUCAAAUUUCACAGUGUCCUUCUGGGCAGUUUGUGGGAAGGUUCGAGGCCCUGGUGUUCUACUGGCCCUCACUGCUGUGCCUCCUCUUCCUGCUGGGUCGCUUCUUGCACAUGUUCGUCAAGGCUCUGAGAGUCUACCUGGGCUGGGAGCUUCAGGUGGAAGAAAAGCCGAUCCUGGAAGUGCACCAGGCAGAGCACGUCAAACAGCUCCUGAGGAAGCCCUGCCUUCCGGAGAGGAAAAAGACUUGGUUCCAAACCAGGAUAUAUGAGUGGGACCCCUGCUUUCAGUUCCCGAGCAGGAUGAUUGGAACUAUAGUGCUGGCCUUCAUCUGUCUCUACCUUUUCAUUGUCAUAGAGUUCUGCAUGUUCGUGUAUGUGAGAGAUGAGCUGGACGGGCUGGAAGGCCAGAUGGAGGGCUACAUCGCCUCCAUGAACCAGACAGGGACCCUGACUCCAGUCAUCCUGCGGGUAAAAGAGCUGAUCAGUGUCAGCAAAGGAGUCUGGGUGGUGACCAUUCUGCCUGCCUCGCUCACGUGUGUGAGCUAUCUCUUCCACAUCUUGGCUUGUUACAGAAAGCACAUGAAGAGGCUGUGGGCAGGAGAUAAACACUUCCUCCCUUUGAGGUUCCAUAAUCCGACCUCGUCGGAGAGUGUGGUGGCCAUCGCAAGGUACUCUGGCUGGCAAAUAGCCUAUAUUCUGUGGGGCUACCUCAUCAUCCACGUGGUGCAGAGCCUGUGCGGCAUGAUGAUCAUGUAUGGCCUGGUGCUGCCCGUCAUCCACAACCAAGGCCUGGAGAUGCUCCAAAGGCUGGGCAUCGGGACCCUCACCAUCUCCAUCGUCCUGGGUAUCAUGAUCCUGCAGGUGUGGAUUGCUGCCAGCUUCUUCCUGCAGCCAAAGCUGGGCCCAGCGGAUAAGCAGAAGCCCUUGGCCCUCAACAACAGGAGAGUCUUCCACAACUUCAACUACUUCCUGUUCUUCUACAAUGUGCUGUUGGGCCUGGGGGCCUGCCUCUCCAGGCUGCUCAUCAGCUGCAUCCUGGGCACCUGGCUGAUUGCACGCAUCGACAGGACCAUCAUGCAGAGCGGCUACGAGAGAGCAGACAUGGGCUUCAGUGCGUGGAUUGGCAUGCUCUAUGUGGAUCAUUAUCACACCAACCCUGUGCUGGUCAGCUUUUGUCACAUCCUGAUCACAGGCCACAGGGAGAGGAAGCUGCAGCAAGUCAUCAAAUACUGGUGUCUGAAUCAAUCAACAGGUCCCCGCGUCUCAGCCAGGUCCAGGACUAGGUGGUUCCUGUUGCUGACUCUCAUCAAGAACCCUAGGCUCAUUAUGCUCAGAAAAUCAAAACCUGGGCAUGGCUCCCCGGAGUUGACCCACAUUCUGCUGACAUGCUCGGAAUGUUGACACUAGCCCAGCAUCUGCUCUGCGGCCAGAUCAGGCUGUCUGCCCUUGAGAGAAGGCUCUGUCUAACCAGUAGCUAUCCUGCAAUGAGUUAGAAUGGCACAAGUAUUGUCUGUGCAGAUGGCAGACAGCAUUGGCCUCUUGUGGGAUGACCACCUGAGUUGAGGGAUGAAGUCACAGAACUGUUUCAUGGCCUUGGCAAAAAAAGAAAAAAGUUAAAGAAAGGUCUAUUGAACAAACUUUGCCCAUUAAUGAUGUCCAUUCUCCACUGUAGGUAGACAGCCUUAGGGAACUUCUUGUCAGGAAGCACUCAGCUUCCCUACAAGGCAGAGAACUUUGUGUCACUGACAAAGGUGGUAAACUGUCUACAUCAGAAGAGUUUAGCCAUCAGAUCCUAUUUUUCUCUGGAACAGAAUGUGACCUUCAUUCUGACAGAGUCUUCAAUUGCUUCCUUUUUCCCAGGCUUUAUGGUGGGUGGUAAAGAAGAAAAUACAAGAUUCUGGCCCCCAAUCUGAUAGGUGAGCAUGCAUACAAUAUGGCCCCUGGGAUGAGAACUAGAUCAGAGAUGACUUUGGCCUUGGUCACAAAGAAAUUCAUAGGUCAUCACUGACAAGGCUGGACUAAUCACCUGGGAAAGCCACCUGUCCAAGGAGGCAGAGACAGAAUAGACAGGCCUACUAUGUAAGAUGCUACAAGAGCAAAGUUGUAUGAGCAGGUGGGCCCCAGUGUGUUUGAGAAGGGCAAGCUAUCUUUCAUGUGGAAGUACAGGGUGUUGGGGGCUGGUUAGGGCCAUGCCAACAAGAUCUAAAUGCCAGACUCAGAGAGGCUUGAACAGUUAUCCUUAGAGUUCAGUACUUAGACAAAAUUUUCAUUCUCAAGUAUAAGGUCUUUGAUGGCCCAGAGCCUAUACAAAGUCUGAUCAUUUCAAGUCCCUAAUGAAACCUGUGCAAGUGCCAUGAGAACCCCACUGGCAGGGCAGAGGGAAUCCCCGUCCGCCUCAUGAAUAUCUGAAUGAUUGUCAUUCAGUUGUCAUUAUUGUAAACCCAGUACUGUUGCUAGGUGUGUUUGCCAGGGCUGGCUCUUUUAACUUAAUCUUCACAACUAAACUUUGUCAUUCCGUUUUUAGAAACUUAGAAAGCCAGGGUUCAGCAUCAGAAUCCCCAUACCACCACUUUAUAGCUGUGUGACGUUGGUCACAUUAUUUCACCUCUCUCUGUUCACUUUCCUUAUUUAUAAAAGAGGCUAAUACCUCCUAACACCCAAAAUUGUUUCAAGGAGAAAAUUGAGUUAGCACACAUAAACACUCAUAAGCUAGUGCCUGAUGUAUCUUAGCUUCUCAAUAAAUAUAAGUUAUUAUUAUUUGUCAUGUAA